AUGGUAAAAGAAGAGGCUGUUCUUGACAGGCGCUCCUGGUUUGUGGUUACCCCUGCGGUGGAGGGGAGGAAAUGCCUAGCAGAGGCAUUGGGGGUGCAUCAGAGGCUUUCUCCUUGGCAGAGUGUGAGAGUGGUCUAUUGCAGUACAGUAGUGCCCUCUGAUGAAGUGACGGUGGUUUACCAAAACGGGUUACCUGUGAUUUCUGUGAAUCUUCCAUCCCGGCGUGAGCGUUGCCAGUUCACGCUUAAACCGAUCUCAGACUCUGUUGGUGUGUUCUUACAACAGCUGCAAGCAGAGGACCGUGGAAUUGAUCGGGUUGCAAUCUAUUCAGCAGAUGGCACGCGUGUCGCCUCCUCCACAGGCAUAGAUUUGCUUCUGCUGGAUGACUUCAAACUGAUCAUUAAUGAUGUCACAUACCAUGUUAGACCACCAAAGAGAGAGCUCUUAAGCCAUGAAAAUGCAACGACGCUGAAUGAUGUCAUUCAGCAGUUGUACACUGCCUUGUGCAUUGAGGAGCACCAGCUGAACAAAGAGAAGGAGCUGAUAGGGAGACUAGAGGAAUUGAAGGAGCAACUAGCACCACUAGAAAAAGUAAGGAUGGAGCUCAGCAGGCAAGCAGAGAAGAGGACAACCUUGGUUUUGUGGGGAGGCCUGGCCUACAUGGCCACUCAGUUUGGGAUUCUGGCCCGCCUCACCUGGUGGGAGUAUUCUUGGGACAUUAUGGAACCAGUCACCUAUUUCAUCACCUAUGGUAGUGCCAUGGCAAUGUACGCUUAUUUCGUAAUGACUCGCCAGGAAUAUGUUUAUCCAGAUGCCAGAGACAGACAGUACUUAUUAUUUUUCCAUAAAGGAGCCAAAAAGACACGAUUUGAUCUAGAGAAAUACAAUCAACUCAAGGAUGCAAUUGCUCAGGCAGAAUUGGACCUUAAGAGGCUUCGAGACCCGCUGCAGGUUCACCUGCCCAUCCAGCAAAUUGAUGAAAAGGACUGAUCAGCAAAGAAGUUCUGAACCCCGGCAAAAAACCUGUUCAUAGCUCUUGCCUUGUUAAUUAAAGCAUUGCAGGUGGAAGCUGGGAGGUGAUGUGGGGGUGGAGGGUGAUGUGGGGGUGGAGGGUUUUUACCUUUAAUCAAGACAAAGGACUGUAGGGGGGGGGAAUCUCUUAAAUCUGAAGAUGGGACAUUAUGGAAUGUUAGUUCUGAAAAGGGCUUGGCAAAUAGUCACGUUUAAAAACCAUCUGAAUGGCAAUUGUAUACAAAUACAGGAUUGGGGGG